UGGAAGCCGAAGGAAUGGAAGAAUGUGAAAUAAGACAGUUUUAUUGACAUUCGAAUUAUGUUUUAAACUAAGAUUAUGGAUGACGCACUGCUUGAACAAUUAUAUUGCGUGACGUCAGACUGCCUUCGAAAUGCGAGCUUGUACAAUGAGUCCCACUACAAUUUCUCGUGGCCGCAGCAGGUGACCUGCGUGUUCGAGACGUCAUCGGAGGAUUUCAUGACGUCACCGGUGUUCCAAGCGUGCGUGUAUGUGAUGUACGUGGCGGUGUUCGUGGUGGCGCUGCUAGGCAACGGGCUGGUGUGCUGGGUGGUGCAGACGUCGCCGCGCAUGAAAACCGUCACCAACUACUUCAUCGUGAACCUGGCCGUGGGCGACAUCCUCAUGACGCUGUUCUGCGUGCCAUUCACGUUCGUGUCGACCCUCGCGUUGCGCUACUGGCCGUUCGGCGCGCUCAUGUGCAAGGUGGUCAACUACUCGCAGGCCGUGUCGGUGCUGGUGAGCGCGUACACGCUGCUGGCCAUCUCCAUCGAUCGCUACAUGGCCAUCAUGCGGCCGCUGCAGCCGCGGCUGGGCCGCGCGCACGCCAAGCUCGUCGUUGCCGCCGUCUGGGCCGGCGCGCUCGCCACCGCCGCGCCUAUACCCAUAGUCUCACAGCUGCAGAGGCCGUCUCCGUGGCACGAGGCGUGCAGUGUCGACAUAUGCGGUGAACAGUGGGAAUCAGCGGAACAGAGUGAACAGUAUACCUGCGCUUUGCUAGCGCUACAGUUUGCGCUUCCGCUAUGCGCACUGAUCUGCACUUAUACGCGUAUUGCUUACGUUGUGUGGGGCGGAAGACCACCGGGCGAAGCCCAGAGCGCAAGAGACUCAAGAUUGCAGAGUUCUAAAAGAAAAAUGAUAAAAAUGAUGGUGACCGUGGUUGCAGUAUUCACGAUAUGCUGGUUGCCCCUCAACGUGUUUAUUGUGUUAUGGACGGCACACGAGGGUGACCAGGAGUGGAGCACGUGGCCUGGCAUGCCAUACGUGUGGUUCGCGAGCCACUGGCUGGCCAUGUCGCACUCCUGCUACAACCCCAUCAUCUACUGCUACAUGAACACCAGAUACCGCCGCGGGUUCAAACAGAUUCUCGGCAGUCUCCUUUGUUGGAAGAUACCGGAUUCCUCACGAUCCGCUCAUCAUCGUUCUAGUAUCUGUGAUGGAAUUCCACUUUCAGAGAUGGUCGGCGUCAACGGUUCCACAGUCAACAGACGUCUAAUGGGCUGCAAGUGUCGGGUAGGUCGUGGUACUGACAAUGGAAAGUGCGCUUUAUGCCUUUCUUUGCGACAGCUCAAAUUGCCAGUAACGACGACGCCGCGAACGCUUGCGCCGCCAGCGCGCGCACUGUCCGUACGAUCCGAAUUUACUUACUAAUUGUGGACGGUGUAGAUAUAUUUUAGUGAUUACGAUGCAAUAUAUAUUAAAUAGAGGAAAGAAAUUGACUGUCUGGAGGAGUGGCAACUCAAAGCGAUAUGACUGUGCAGCUGUGUGUGGUCUAUCUGUGCGUUACGAAUUUACUAUUGUAUCAUGGAACUCAAAGUAAUGAGUGACUAGAAGCGAGAGUGGUAUAAUAAAAGUUAAGUACAUAAUAAUGAGAAAAACUAUGUGUUGUGUGUAAUGUUUGUUACUGUACGCUUUCCUUCCGUACCAAAGAUACGCUAUGAAUUUACUUACUAUCUAUUGUAGACGUUUAAUGAGAUACCUGUACUUUGGUGGUCACAAAGUUAGUACAGAUGUACAGAGAAGUAUUGUGACAGCUCGCAAGGGUUUCACAAAAUAUUGGGUCAAGCACGCUUGCUCUGUUUGUGCGCUACGAAUUUACGUAGAUUCUAAUAUAUACGUAAUGGAACAACUUAUAUUUUAGUGAGUAUAGACGAAGAAAUGCGGAUAUCGAGAAACUAUUUUUUUAUAUGCAACAUGUUGGGUGAUAAUGUUAGCAUUGGUAACAGAACGAUCUGAUAAACUGUGGUAACUGGAACUCUACCGACCGUUCAGAUUCUAACGGACUUACUUAUAAAUAUCAUGGGAAUAUACAUAAUUAGUAGAGGACUCGAUCCCGGUUAAUUUUUCUAAUCCCGGGACUUCGGGAUUAUCUACAGUUAAUCUCGGGAUCCCAGGAUAAUCCUGGGAUUGUACGUAAUGGUAAUAGAAAAUGGUAACAAAACAGUAAAACAUAUGAAAAUGAACUCUUUUUUUAAAUCUUUCGUUAAAAAACAAAACAAAAUUAUACUUUCUCCAGAUAAAAUAUACAACAAACUAGGCACUUCUGAAAAUAAUUUAUGAAAUAGUUUCAUAAUUGUGUAGUUUGUUUCUUAUUUUAAUUUAAAAAAUUAACUACUUACUUAAAACUUGUUUAGUUAUACUUAAAAAAAAGACUUUAUGCUAUAAGCAUUUAAUUUUAUGCACAAUAUAAACAUAACCUCUUAGAGUCACAAAAAAUUCAUAGAUUCAUUAAUAUCACCAAUUAAGAAAAAAAAUAUCAAUAUUUACACGAGAAGCGGAUAUUUUACACACUUCUACACAUUCGUUUCACGCACAUAUUUAUUGACUUACAUAAAAAUAUUUUAAUCCCGAAAAUUUCGGAACUAAAAUACGACCGGGAUCCUGGGAUACCGACGUCUGGGAUUCCAGGAUCGAAUCCUCUAGUAUUAAGCGAUUCAAGCGUAGCCGAUUUGGGAGUCCUAAAUGUGUAAAUAGAAACUUUCUCUGGAGUACCCCACGUUUUGUUGAAAUACAGAUUGCUACGAGUACCUGAAAGUUACAAACGCUUGCACAGCUUGUGAAGUCAUUUUGUAUCUAAGUUUCAAAUAGACUCAAACUAGUGCGAACAUCUCUGCGGACAAAUAAACCUAAGCCAACCAAUAUGAGAACCCAAGUCAACCAAGUCAAAUGACGGCAACACAGUACAAGAGCAUGGUGCAAAUUUGUAUUAUGGUGGCAACACAAACUUGAACUAUACGCACGCUGAUUUCACUUUGACGUAGGAAUACAGGUUUCAAUGUGCUAGUUCUUUGCUUCGGACCAACUCCUUGCGAGUUACUCUUCAACGUUAUUGUGAAUCAGACAGUUUGACUAGCCAAGGGCGAUCUUUAAUCGAUAUUCCUUUGAUAUUACUUAUUGCAAUGUUCGCCUUUUCUUCUUACCUAAGCUGCCUAUAUAUUUUUGAAGUAAUUACUUAACAAAUGUUUCACUUUUUGAAAUUAAAUUAACGUUCUUCUUAGGUAUCACGUUCACACAUUUAAGUAGAAUAAUAGAUUUUAAUAGUAUCUAAUUUUAUUAAGAGUACGUAGCUAUUUAAGUAAGUAUUAUGUAUGUACAGUAAGAUUAUGUACCUAUAUUAAGUAAUAUUGUCGUACCUAGAGUAUUUAUCAGUAAUAACUUUGGGGCUCCAAGUCGACUCAUUGGGGGUGAUGGCGUUUAAAUUCCUCUAACCGUAAGUGCUCUACAAUACAAUCUUUUUGGAAGUAGUUUCAAGAAGGCGAAUCAACGAGCGCGUCUGUGCAUGCGCGCACACUUACUUACUUGAGUAUAUCCUGCGCAGAUGAUGACUCCUGGAAAAUGGAUUCUGAAACCUCGUACCUCAAUGAAUCCAUCACUUGCUAUCGCUGUAGUCAAAACCGACUGCGAAACAUAAUGAUGUUUUGACAAUGAUAAAGAUCAACACGCGUCUUAUAAAAUGUAAACCUCUGCAUAUGAAACAAUUUAAAUUAGAACCAAGUAAUUGUUAUGAGAGAAACUGAAGACUGGGAGACGACAUGAUAUUCGGUGUAAAGCUAUGAGAGUUUAAUAGAAGUCCCUUUAAAACUGAAAUAUAAAUUGAUCAAAGUGAUAUCAUACGGUCAAUACAAAUAGGGUAAAGCUGGUAAAGUGAUAAAACCUGUAAAUAUAAACACUAAGUGAAGUAUGUCUGUAAACUUUGUAAAUAAAGCAUCGAAUGCCUGUUGACUAUUCGAUUUUGUAAUUUAGUGAAUAAACUAUAGACCAACUAAAAUAACAAGUGCGGUCGAACCGCAAAUCGCUUGCUUAGCUUUGUUUUAAUACCGACAGAUACUUAUCAGUGUCCAAAGAACAAUAAUGAAUCGUGACUGUUACUUUAGAGAUAGAGGCAGACAAUCAGCUCGCGACAUUAAACAUUUCUGCUAUCCGAUGAAUUCUCUCUUUCAGCAUUUUAGUUUCCCGCCCGCAUUGCGCUGCUUAGUUUGGAAAUAAUCCUCUUAUUAAUUCAUAACAAUUUUACCGGCUGAGUGAGGGCUCUUAUCGCUCCACGUUUAUCCGACGACUUAUUUCUAGUCUUAUGAUUAAGUGGCAGUGUUGAUUGUGGGGAGGCCUGUGCCCAGCAGUGGGACGUGUAUGGACUGUUCAUGUAUGAUUAAGUACAGUUCGGUAGGUACUUUGUACUUUAUUGUUUUACUUGGUUUAUAUAAUCACCUAGGCUCUGGCUGAAUAAAUCUUCUUUCUUUGCCAGAGGAAGCUAAUUAAAAUUUACGAUACUUUUAUUUACCUUAGUUGGCAGAGCACUGAGAGUGACGUCACGGACGUUGUGUUGACAUACGGAACGCCAACUCACUGCGUCGAUUAAAAAUACAUAAGUCGGUUAAAAGAGUGAAAUACUUAUUAAAAACUAUAAAACGGAUUAUAUUGUGCAACAUACAUUGUAGGCUACCGGUAAAGUGCGAGCAUUAUUGAGAUAUAACUAAAAUAAAAAUAUCCCUCAAGCGGUGA